GAAUGUGUUAUGGAUGGCUUAGAGCGUUUUGCCCAGGGACAUUUAAUCACUCUUUUCUCGGCAACCAAUUAUUGCGGCACUGCGAACAACGCUGGUGCAAUCUUAGUUUUGGGUAGAGAUCUAGUGGUAGUUCCAAAACUCAUUCAUCCUUUACCCCCAGCAAUGUUAUCGCCAGAAGCGUCACCAGAACGUCAUAUAGAAAAUACAUGGAUGCAGGAGUUGAAUGCUAACAGACCUCCAACGCUUACUAGAGGUUGUCCUCAAGUGGCAAGUGAUCGGGGCUCUCUCGCUUGGAUAUAAUAGACCCUUCCAAUUGUCUCUAUAUGCUCAUUCAGGCUCUUGUUGGCGCAUGGUGAUUCCACUGUUCUGUAUAAGAGCAUGAUGCCCAAAUACAGGCAUUUCCG